AUGUCUCUGGAAAAGUCCUUACAUGGGUGCACGCGUGUCGCCUUUUUUUUUUCUGCCCUAGUUGUUGAACUGAGCACUCACAAAACGAAAAAAAAGCAAAACAACGGGUGGUUUAGGAUGGAUAGCACAAGCCGCAAAGAGGCUGUGGAAACACUGCUGCGUACUUGCUCGCGUGGUGGGGAUAGGGAGGACGUGGCUCGGUUAUUGCUGCUGCAGCAAAUUACAGGGGAACGAGUGAACGACGUUGCGGGGGAAUUGGACGGUGCGAGCAUCGUUGAUGAGGUGCUUUUUCAUGGGGAGGGUCACGGCACCACUUUGCCCCGCAUCACCCCGCCACCUCUCUUCACCAUUGGGGCCAAAGAACUGUGGGAGGCCUUUCCCUCAUGGUGUCGUGAUACCGAGCUGCAACGCCGACGGUGCGGCGGUGAUGCUGUUCAUGGACAUUCCUUUGUGUGUUGCGCCUGGAAUUUGGGACGCGUCGCUGGUGAGUUGAGUUUUCCCAGUAUCCGCGGAUGGGCAGCUGCGUACCGCAGUCCAUGGUGCCAUCGCUACCAACUACCUCUUCUGACUCGAGACGGCAGUGGCGGUGACAAGAACAACAACAACAAAAACGGAGAGAGCGGGAUGUGUUGCAUCAAUUCGCUGGAGGAGGAGGCCAACGCGAUUGAAGCAGCGCAGAGGGAGGGAAGACUGAUGGGAGCAUUGGAUUAUGGAGAACCGGCUGCAGUUAUCAUGGAGCUUCAGCAACGGUUAAAUCACAGGCUGGAGAAGUACGGCGCGCAGUACUUCUGCACCCCGUGUGGUGCGGCUGGUAAAGAAAUGGAAGUGCGUUUUGCUUCUCCAUGGGCUACGAGUGCGUUUGUGAGGAAUCUUUCCUCCGCUGAGGAGGUGAUCUCCGGUUUUGUAACAUUGGAGGUGAUAGCGCUGGAGUGUGUGGACAUUGCGGAGGAGGAGCGAACAGUGCAGGCGGCAUCUUCUCUCUUUGAUGGCGAUGAGAUGUGGGUGAAGGGAGGAAGGGAGGAGGACGAGUGGCCAUCAUUCUCUGGGAUGACGAAUACAUUUUCUUCAGUAGGAAGAAGACGGUGGUCGGCUGGACACUCCUUUCAGCUGCGGGUGAACCCUACCGAACUGUUGAUUCGUCAUGACACUGCACACCUUAUAGCUAACCUCAAAUAUCAUGGCGACGGUAACGUGGGAAACGCUGCGAAUGACUCCAGUCGUAUGUGGUUGUUUCACAAGGAUCAGGGACGCCCUGAGACGUUGCCGUUUCCCCGACGAAAAUGCAGGAAUCACGAUUUGGUUACAACCUUGGAGAGGGGAGAAGAGGAGUGGCCUACCUUCUUGGAAAAUCUUGAUCUGGACGCUCUUGUGAGCCUCUUGUGUGCUCGUGUGGAAAAGAGUGACAAUGCCGUGGUUCCGCUCGGCGUGUCGCCUAUCGUGCGUGUUACAUUGCCGUUGGUGGCGCCAUCACCAGCACGGAUGUGGGAGAGGGCGCUGCAAAAGAGAUCUACUGCGGUUGCUGCGGCAGCAGUAGGAGUGGCGGCAAUGGUGCGCAAUCGAAGUGGGAGAGGCUGA